GGUGCGUAACCAACGCUGCGAUACGAUAAGUCGAUCGCGCGCGCGUGUCUCCUCCUCGUGUGUCAAGUUUGUCGACGGGCGGAUAUUUAGAAAACAGCUGUUCGGGUGGUGGACAUGUUUAUCGCCACAGAUGCACGGGAGCGCGUAUUGAGGCCCGUCGUCGACUUAGUCGACACGCGAGAUAACGGGCGGGAAUGAUAUGAUCGUGAGUCGCGCGAACAACGAGUCGAUGAAGAGGAGCGCGUUUCUCACGGCGCUGAGAACCUCGAGGUUACGUGUGAACGUCGUGAUGUUUUGAUGAUUCGCGCGCGUACGGGAUCAUGGCUCAGUGCAAGUUAACCCCGCGGGAGUUCAUCGGCAACGCUUUCUCGCCCCAGAUAGCCGUGGUCUGCUCGAUCGCGGCCGACGCCGCGUGCCAAAGGAACAAUCUGUCAUUCGUCGAGUUGCUUCAGCCCUUUUGCAAAUUAAACACCGAAGGUCACUUCAAGGAUCCUCAAGGAAGCACGGUUACAGUUAGAAAUCUGCGGCUCGCCAUACAGGAUAUCAAUGCGCGACCGCCCGAACCGAGUCACGCCAAAAAGAUGUUGAGCGAGGCGGUAAGUUCCGGUUUGUGCGAGCGCACAACCGCGGUUCGCAUCGGCACAACCGAUCUGGACAUACCGAUUUCCGUUCCUUGGUUCGAGGCGUGGAGAGAAACAUUUCUGAGCGUUCAGUUCCCGUCUGAUCACGAAUUCACGAAACACUUGCUCGCUUGCAUGAUAGUCGUCUCCACGUCGGAGGACAAUCCGUUGGAGCGAAUUCAGACCAUGGGGGCGCAAUUGCAUCAGAGCGUGCCGGGAAAAUUGCCCAAGUGGUUCAAUAAUAAUGCUCUUAGGUAUUACAUUUUAGUUCACGAUACCGUUCAGGACGAUAGAAAUAAAGCGGAAAUGGUUUUUACGGAGAUGAAGACUAUUUACGGUGCUAACAAUUGCUUUCUGUUGCAAAUGAAUUCGAGACCCCCGGGUCUGUCCGACGACAAUACGCAUCUGCCCGAUCCCUGGAGUCAGUUUCUCACAAAACACUCGGAGGUUUCGGGCAGCAGCGAACAAAACAGUUCUCCGCGCACACCCGCGGACACAGGCGGAGUAUCCGCCAUGCCGAGCGAGGUCACUACGGAAUCCGACAAAACAAGUCAAGCCGGAACGCCAAUAAUGCCGCAGAACUGUAUUACGUUGCCGUCUCCGGACACGGCGCAAUUAGUCUCCGGGAUCGACACAAUUAGUCUGUCUUCUGAAAUAUCCGAUGUGGCGAGUACGCAUCUGGAAGUCGGACAGGAAGCGGUCCCGGUUACGAUUCAUCCGCUCAGUCCGGACAAUGAAAAGAGCUUCAUUACCACGAGCAAUGUCAAGGGUCAGUCAAUUAAUUCUCCGAUAAACAUGAACGUCUGGGCGGAUUCUCCGAAUUACGUGGUUGCUCAACACGGUGCUCGUCUAUCCACGCAAGAUCUAGAGAGGCUGCGGACCUUGAUCACGGAAUUCUGUUUGCGAAGCUUGUUGCCUUACGUGGAGAAGCAGAUCGGUCUGUUGAACGACGUGAUCUCGAACAAGAAGGGAGUCAGCAGAUCGCUGCUCAGCGCCACGAAACGAUGGUUCGGUACAAAUAAACCUGGUGCGCCGGGUGUGACGCCAUCCAACGCUGUGAUUUACACCACGGAUUCGCCAGAGUUGCAAUUACGACGUUUGGGCGAUCUGUGCUUCAUGUUCGGCCACUACACGCUCGCCUAUCAGGCGUAUCACAGCGCGAAGCGUGAUUUCGCGGGUGAUCAGGCGUGGGUGUACUACGCGGGUGCUCUCGAGAUGGCCGCCCUGAGCGCCUUCAUGCAAGGCGAAACCAAUAGGAAAACCAUCGAGUACAUGGACGACGCGAUAUUGACUUACGCGAACAGCUGCAAGAUGCCGCAGUUCGCGACGAGGGCGACGUUGCUCAGCGCGGAGUGUCUGAAGGGUCGGGGACUGUACGGCGAGGCCGCGAAGCAACUGAUACGAAUGACCAGCGAGGACUCGGACUUGCGCUCGGGUUUGUUGCUCGAGCAGGCCGCUUAUUGCUUCAUCGGUCCGAAGAUGAUGCGCAAAUACGCCUUCCACGCGGUUCUGGCCGGGCACAGAUUCUCGAAAGCCGGACAAAGAAAACACUCGCUGAGAUGUUAUCAGCAAGCGUAUCAGGUAUAUUAUAAAAGAGGCUGGUCUCUGGCCGAAGAUCACAUCCAUUUCACAAUCGGCAGGCAAGCUGCGUCGUUAAAGCAGGUUUCCGAGGCGGUGAAGGCAUUUGAAAAAUUACUUAACGCUUCCAGUAAGCAACACGCUCCGCAACAGGCCGCGUUUUUAAGAGAAUUUUUACACACUCAUAAUUUAUUGUUUCAGGAAAAUGGAAUGACGUGCAAGGAACUUCCAGUUUUACCGUUACCGUUAGUAGAUAGCAACAAUAUCAAGGUGCUCUACGGUCCGUUGGGUAAAUCGACCGAAAGCAAUAUCCCAGCGAGCCACGUCACAUUCAGCACCGAAGAAACGGACGACGCGAAGUGGUCGAAGAUGGAGGAGUUGCUGAUAGCCGAGGCGCAGGGAUCGCCGCCCAUGAUAUUCAAACCUACGGUCGCGUUGUAUUCCGGACAAAGCAACAACACCGCAAAACCGAACGCGGUUCUGGACGAGCCGGCACAUUAUUCGAUCGAGUUGCAAAAUCCGUUGCACGUCGCGCUUCCGUUGUCCGACGUGACUCUGCUGUGGUCUUUCGCCUCACGCGACAACGAGACUGUCACAAACGAGUCUGUCACGAACGAGAUCGAAGCGAACUCGAGCCCGGUCGAGUCAAGCGUCAUAGACGCGAUUUUACUGCAACCGAUGUGCAAACAGAACAUCGUGUUGUCUCUCAUACCCAGGCGAGUAGGCGAGGUGAAGGUUCUGGGUAUAAGUUACAAACUGACGAAUCCGGUACAGGUGUUGAACGACGCGCCGGUUGCGAAUUCGAACAUCGUCGUCAUCGGCAAGAGAUUGUUCGAGAUCACGCUGCCCAAGUUGAGAAAUGUGAAAGAAAAACCCGGCGCGAAUACGCAAGGAAAGGAUUUUAGAUUGGAGAUGAACGUGAUAGAGAAAGCGCCGUUUAUGGAGAUACUUUUUACCAAACUGUCGCCGGAAAUGCUGUGCGGUGAAAUACAAAAGGUGGAGGUCACGUUGAGGAACAUCGGCAACGCGCCACUGACGAACGUACACAUCGCGUCCACCGACGCGAAAUUGUUCACGUUGGAAAACUCGAAAGUCGUGAAACCCGAGGAUUCAACGAUGAGAAAGAGCAGUAGAUCUGUCACGAAGGUGAUGUUGCCGGUCUCCAAGAACGGUGUGUUAAACGUAGGCGAGACUCACAGAAUGUCACUUUGGGUGCAAGCGCCCCGCGACAAGGGCACGCAUAGAUUGGAUCUGCUCUUUUAUUACGAAAACGUCGAGUCGAAAACGUCCGCGCUGAAGCAUCGAUUGUGUCGACACACCUGGCAGUUGACGGUGCUGGACUCGAUACAGAUCACCGCGAUCGCCACCAGAAGCGGUUUGUUCAAGAACGACUCGCCUACGUUGAAUCUGAUCAUGUCCGUGAAGAACACCAAUCAGGUUCACGAUCCAUCCAUAAACGAGAUCAUGAUAUCCAAAGUGUCGCUGCAGAGCGCGCUGUGGCUCGCGUCUCACUCCUCCGUUCUGCCGCUGACUGUCAGAGUGCAGCCGCAGGAGGUGUUUCAUCUGAUGCUUAAGUUGAAGAAGAAGAAAACAAGCAGCAACGAAUCGAGCACCAUCUCCGACGUGUCUCUGAUCUCCGACGAAGUCGACCCGCCGUCGGUCGACAAUUAUCCGUUCAUUAAUUUCGUACAGAGGCGUCACAUCCUGCCGUUGGACGUGAACGAGAGCGCGAACGACAUGCAGCAAUUUCAGCCGCAGCACAACGUCGAUCACGCGUCGGACAUCAUGGCGUUGAAUUCGACGCUGAUCGUCAGAUGGUGCGCCAAUAUAACGGAGAACGGUGCGAUCGCGCGGAAAGCGGUCGGACAGCAUCACAUCGAACUCAAGCACUUGGACAAGACGUACAAACAUCCCGCGGAAGCGCGCACGGAGCGCAACGAGUACGGGACUCGCUUGAGGAUCUUCGGUCCGGAUCGAAACGUACCGAACGCGGUUACCGCUCCCGUGAAGGAUCCCGUGUGGGAGACGGAGUGCUCAAAGAGUCUCGUCUCUUUCUCUCUCAGUCAUCAGAGACAGACCACGCACGAUUUUCAACAGAGCCGACUGUGCGUCAUGCCGGUUACGAUGUAUCUGCAAAAUCACUCGGAUAUGCGAGUCGACGUCAAAAUAAAUACAAUAGGCACCAGUAGUGAAACUCAUCUUCCAAGUAUUAAGUCCCAGCUGUACUCGCCUCAGGCUUCGACGUACUACAAGUACGCGGGUCACUCGUCAAUUCACUCGAACGUCGAAGCGUACGCGAGCAGCACCGUAAAGUUGCACGCCGUGUUACCGAGUCCGGGAACGUACGACUUAGCGGCGCGAAUAGAAGUCACUGUCAAAGCUGUAAAUAGUAAGGAAUACGUCGUUCAGAAAGGCAAGAUGGAGAGCAUAUGUAUAAUCAACGGCAGCACAUAGAUUGAACACCUAUGUACCGCGAUAUUUGUUUGUUUGUUUGUUUGUUUUUUUUUUUUUUUUUUUCUCGUUGAGUAGAGAGAGUCGGACAUGGUGGAAAUGCUAUAUUUUUUAGUGUAACUCGAUCAUUCCUCCCUUGUCAAUGUACAUAUACGUCGUAUGUUGAAGAUUGUUAUAUUAUAGCUAAUAUUUUAAUAACGUCAACAUUCAUGUUUUUACCCGAUUUCCAUGAUUUCAGCGUUUCAAAUUCGCUUUGCACGUGACACAAUUCGUUGUCACACUCCGCGCGAAUACGCGCAAACCAAAUUUUAUAUCACGCGAGACGCAAGUGUUUUCGGGAUCGUUUUUUCUUUUUUUUUUUUUUUUAUCCGACUUUGUGCACUAACUCGUCAACCGUGUUUUACCUGGUUUUUCUUCUCGCAACCCCCUCCCCCGUUAGUCUUGAACUACCUCACACAGGUAAUUUGUAAUAAAGCGGUCGGAGCGGAGCUCGUUUCUGCUGCGUUGCGACGAGAGACGACCCGACGAAAGAGGAUCGUCUUCCUUUACCCCUUGCCAAACGUCUCGUACGGUACCUUCUUAUCAAGACAUAUCGUCAUCUUUUUUUCUUGCGCGCUCUGCUUUCGAAAGAAGUUUAAGUCGCGUCGUUUUGAGUUUCCCCCGAUCUCUUUCGAACGUACUGAAAUACGAAUGAAAUUUUUGUACGUUUUAAUUAUUACUACACAUCUAGCAAAAUUGGCGCGAGCAUGAGAAAUUUGCGAGAAUCUAAAUUUACGUUUUUUUUUUGUAAAUAUUGUAAAAGGGAUCAGUCUGAAAUUAUUUUGAAGGAAAUUCGAGAGACUUCGUUCUCCCUUUUAAACAGAUGGCAUGGUUGAAAAUUUUUUCGACAAAAAAACUUGUAUUUUUUGUACGAUGUAAUCUCGUGGAAAAAAAAAAAAGAAAAAAAAACAAACAUGCGUAAAUAACGGAUUUGCUCGCGGAUUUUCACUGGCGAUUGUAAUAUUGUCUUUCCUACAUAUAACACACACAUACACACACACACAUACACACUUUCUCUAUUUUAAUUAAAAGAUUUUAAAAAUAGUCUUCUCUUUUGUAACAACACACGUUUAUUGGGAAAAAAUUAGUCUGUGUAAAAUAAAGAGGUUUAGAUUUGUAAAUAU